UGAGAAAGGAUAAAACCUACGAAGAAGUUGAAUUAGGUACCAUUAACAAAUAGAAGAUUUUCAACUAAGUAAUCCUUAGGCUUGAUUUGGAAGGGGAAGAAACCUACUUGCGGAAUUGAAAAUUCAGUACAUUAUCAAGAUCAGAUAUAGCCCCUUCUUGUUGUGUCUCUUGUCCAGGUUUGAUCGAUUUGGCAAUUGGGAGUAGCUGGUACAUCUUUCUAUUAUGUGUGCUGAUUUAUAUAUCUGUGGACUAAUCAGUGACUGCAGCCCUUAACUGAAAUUCUAAUGGUUGUUAUUGAUAUCGCUGGAGGGAGAAUAAUGAUAAUUCUAAUAGCAGUAAAGCAGGGGCUUUGAGUAAUUGGGCACUGGUUGUUCAAUUGGUGGCAGGUUGUAUUGAAAUGUUAAGGGAAUUAGUGUGAAGGUAUAAAAGUAUUUUUUGUGGGAAUUAUGUUGAAGAGGGUCAUCAGUGGAUCUGCUGGUUUUUAGAACUGCUUGAGUUUUCCUUUUAAUGGAAGGAAGUUGCAGUUCAUGUGGGGGAGAUUCUACCUAUGCGUAUUGCUUGUUGUGUUGGUGAAAUUCUUCUAUUUCUCUGUUCCUGAACUUGUUCGUCUGUAACUUUAGUUGCUAUCUUAGUUGUUUUUUCUUUAAGGAAGUAAGCAUCUAGAACCACUUGUGUAUGGGUUAUAGCACCCCUUGUGCUAUCUUAUAUGCAAUUCUUUGGCUGUCCGAAAAAAGAAGAUCAAAUAUAGCCUAUACAAAAGUUUCAGUUAAGAUGAAGAUCUUAAGCUUAAGUUAUCUCAUAGAAAGCUGCACAAGAUCCUGCAGAGAUUUAGAAAAAUCAGAAGGAAGCUAAGUUUUAAGAUUCAUACGUCUGGUGGGAUUGGGGAAGGUGGGAAAAAGAGGUAGACUGGAUGGCACUUCAGGGGGUGAACCUGCCCUUGGCAUUUACUGGGCAAGAAGCAAUCUGGCAAAAGGUUUUUAAGGAUUUUAACAUUAGUUCCGAAGAUUUGAAUAAUUUCUUUGGUGGACCUGCUUUCCUUGCUUGGGCUCGCAUGGGAAAUUUGCAUGGCUGGGGUGGGCCUUUAUCUCAAAAUUGGCUUGAACAACAAUUGGUCUUACAGAAACAGAUAAUCUCUCGAAUGAUGGAGCUAGGGAUGACACCAGUGCUGCCAUCCUUCUCUGGAAAUGUUCCAGCUGCUUUGACGAAGAUAUUCCCGUCGGCAAAAAUAACGAGACUUGGUGAUUGGAAUACUGUUGACAGUGAUCCUCGCUGGUGCUGUACAUACCUUCUUGAUCCAUCUGAUCCUCUAUUUGUUGAAAUUGGGGAAGCUUUUAUUAAGAAACAAAUUAAAGAAUAUGGGGAUGUCACCGACAUCUAUAACUGUGACACUUUUAACGAAAACUCCCCACCUACCAGCGAUCCCGCAUAUAUAUCAACUCUUGGAGCUGCUGUAUAUAAAGGAAUUUCCAAAGGUGACAAAGAUGCUGUGUGGUUAAUGCAAGGCUGGCUAUUUUACUCCGACUCAUCAUUUUGGAAGCCUCCUCAAAUGAAAGCACUUUUACAUUCUGUUCCGUUGGGGAAGAUGAUUGUUCUUGAUCUAUUUGCUGAUGUAAAACCAAUAUGGAAAACUUCCUUUCAGUUUUAUGGUACUCCUUAUAUAUGGUGCAUGCUGCAUAACUUUGGUGGUAAUAUUGAAAUGUAUGGUACUUUGGACUCAAUUUCUUCAGGGCCAGUUGACGCUCGUGUCAGUGCAAACUCAACAAUGGUAGGCGUUGGUAUGUGCAUGGAAGGGAUAGAGCAUAAUCCUGUUGUUUAUGAGCUGAUGUCUGAAAUGGCAUUUCGUGAUGAGAAAGUUGAAGUUCUGGAAUGGCUUGUGAGUUAUUCCCAUAGACGAUAUGGUAAAGCCGUCCAUCAAGUUGAUGCAGCUUGGGAGAUUCUUUAUCAUACAAUUUACAACUGUGCUGAUGGAAUUGCUGAUCAUAAUCAUGAUUAUAUUGUAAUGUUUCCUGAUUGGGACCCAUCAACAAAUUCUAGCAUCUCAAACAACCAGAAGAAGAUUUACUUCUUACCACAUGGAAAUAGAAGGUAUUUAUUACAUAAAAAGUUGUCUGAUAUGCCACAGCCUCAUUUGUGGUAUCCCACUGAAGAUGUAAUCAAGGCAUUACAACUAUUCUUAGCUGGUGGGAAGAACCUCGCUGGAAGUCUCACAUAUCGGUAUGACCUUGUUGACUUAACGCGACAAGUAUUAUCGAAAUUGGCCAACCAAGUAUACGUCAAGGCAGUUACUUCUUUCCAAAACAAGAAUAUUGACGAUUUGCACUUCCACAGCAACAAGUUCCUUCAACUGAUAAAGGAUAUUGAUGUAUUGCUUGCUUCCGACGAUAACUUCCUUGUGGGAACUUGGCUUGAGAGUGCUAAGAAACUGGCUGUGAAUCCAAGUGAGAAAAAGCAAUAUGAAUGGAAUGCGAGGACGCAAGUGACUAUGUGGUUUGAUACCAAUGCAACUACUCAGAGCAAGCUCCAUGAUUAUGCUAAUAAAUUUUGGAGUGGCAUUCUGGAAAGCUACUAUCUCCCACGAGCUUCAUCCUACUUUAGUCAUUUGUCAGAAAGCUUGAGACAGAAUAAGAAGUUCAAGUUGAUUGAGUGGCGAAAACAAUGGAUUUUGCAGUCAAACAAAUGGCAGGAAGGUAAUGAGCUCUACCCAGUAAAGGCCAAAGGAGAUGCUCUAGCCAUCGCUCAAGCUCUCUAUGAAAAGUAUUUUGCAAAAUGAGUUGGUAAAUCAUAAGGAUGGAGAUGUUCAAUAAUGCACAGAGUUAUACAUUAAUCCAUGUUCUUGAUAUGCAUGUAAUACCAAGACCCCUGAAAUAUUGUGCACUUGUGUUCAUGUGAUAUUUGAACUUCUUCUGCCAAAUCCAAUCGCUCAGCUGCGGUGGUGAUCACGUUAUCUCAGCGAUUGAUUUUUCAGAUUGUUUUUCAACUGAAUUAUGUUAAAUUUAAGAUGGUGUUCUUGUAAGUUGUUAUAAGUAGGAGUUUCUUGAGAAGCUAAUACAUUGCGAAACAGAGGAAGGUACAUGAGUACAGUUUCUUGAGAUAAAACUUGUCCUGCCUGUUACAGGUUUCUGAGCCA